AUGCCGCCAUCCCCCUGGAAGGCGCGGAGCUGCCGGGUGCUGGCCCAGAGGAAUCCCAGCGUGGCCCCUGUGGGUGUCUGGGUGGAGAGUGCCCCGGAGGGCCCGGAGCAGAGCUUGGCCUUUGCUUCAGCCUUUCAGGUGGAGGAGGAGCUGAAGGAGCAGCAGCAGCAGAAGGCAGCCAGGCUGAAGAGAUUCCAGGGCGAGGUGAAGCAGAGGGUGAACCAGCAGGUCAGGAUGAGAAGGAAGCUGCAGCUGCAGAGGUCCUGUGAAGCAGCAGAGCGGGAGAGCUGUGUGGCUGUGCAGUACUCGGGCUCCACACUGCGCUGGACCAGGAUGAACACGUGCCUCUUUCGGAGCCAUCCCACAUCCACCAUUGGCAUUCCCAGUGCUCCUCGUGCCAUCCCGGUGCCACAGCAAGGGGAGCAGGACGAGCCGUUCCAGCAGCACGCUGCCGAGGAACCAGACUCUUGCAGGGUGCCUGCAGAAGAUGAGAGUGAGGAGCUGCUGCUGGCAGGACAACAGGAUCUUGCAGCUGAACUGCCAGGCCAGGAGACAUCCCCGCCUCAGGCUGAGCAAGAUGACAACUUCUACAUCAAAAUUGAGUUCAACAAGUUCCGUGAUGGACCAGUGAAGGAGUGGAGCUCGCCUGAGCCACCCCAGGGGUUUCACACUGAUCACCGUGUCCCCCUCAUCCUCUGGCCUGGGGCAGACCAAGAGGAAACCAAGAAGCAGCGGCAGGACGAAUACCUGCGGUACAGGCGCCUCUUCAUGAGCAUCGAGCGAGAGCAAGUGAAGGAGCAGCAGAGGCAGAAAGAGAGGCAGAAGAGAAUCACCAGGAUUAAGAGCAAGAAGGAGAAGCAGCGCCGGGCAGCAGAACAGAAGAUGCAGGAGGUGGCUGAGCAGCAGGAACCCUCUUUAGGUGAGGCAGCCUCUGAGAGCCUGGCCCAGCUUCAACUGGAGGAGAGGAGAGCGAGGAAGGUGAAGGAGAAACAGCAGCGAGAUAAGGAGUCCAUGAGGUACAUGGAAGCUCUCAGAGCCCAGGUGAGGGAGAAGAUCAAACUCUCCAACAUUGACUUGCCCCCACUGUGCUCCUGUGGGUCUGAUUUCUGGGAUUCCCACCCAGAUACCUGUGCCAACAACUGUGUCUUCUACAGAAACCACCAAGCCUACAGCCGUGCUCUGCGAUCCCUCAUCUCAUCCUGGGAGCCCCUGCAUGGGAGCCCCUCGACCACGCUCCAGCUCCGAGGCCUGGCCAUGCUCUGCACUCGCUCCAGGAGGCAUCUGUGA